CGCCGUACUUUGCAGUAAACGUAUAAUAUAAUAAAUCGUCGAUAGUUAUUACACUUGAUAUUUUUCUGCAUCUUUAACUCUUCUGCGUCUUUAACAUGUUUGUCGGUCUCAUAAUUGCAUGUUUUGUGAUGGGUGUUUCUGGAGACACGCAUAUUAUCGGUGGCAAAAAUGCUACUGCUAUUUAUCCGUACCAAGUAUCACUAAGAUCAACAAAGGAGAGGCAUUUUUGUGGCGGAGCUAUUAUCGAUAAACGUUUUAUUCUUACCGCUGCACAUUGCUUACAAACACCCAUACAUCCAUCUAAUACAUCUGUUGCCGUAGGAAGUAAUAAUCUCUUAAAUGCCACUUUGUAUCCAGCGGAAGCCUUCUUCGUGCACAAAAAGUACAACAUUGAGCCGCAUCUUAACGAUAUCGGAUUAAUUCGUGUAUCAAAGGACAUCAAGUUUAAUAAAUUCGUCCAGCCGAUUAACUUAUCAAAUUAUGAUCGCAAUUACGAAAAUGUGUCACUUGUGGCCACCGGCUGGGGUCUUUGGAAUAACAAUGAGAUACCUACAAAUCUGCAAGAGCUUACAGUGAAAGGAUAUUCUCAAGAGAAAUGUGCAACUUUCUAUAGAGAGAACGUAACACAACGUGUGGUUAUCAAAGAGACUCAGAUAUGUACUUUGAACAGACACGGGCAAGGGAUGUGUAACGUAAGUAACUACAGAUGUUUAUUGUGAGAAUGCAAGAUGAUUUUGUUGUCACGCCUGAAAAAAAUAGAUGGAUCAUACGUACACAUGAUUAUUGUCGCGCUUCAAAAUUCUUUCCGAUUGUACUUAAUUGCUUCUUAAAACUCUCGCGACCUUAUUGAGCUGAUACAUGAAAUAUAUAUUCUGAUUUUUGUACAGUUUGCGUACAAAUCCGAUUACGUAGCUUGUGUGAUAAGCCAAGCAGAAAUAAUGUGCUUCUGCACGACAUAAAUAUUCCGUUCGACGGAAAAACGUCAUCAAUAAAAUGUCACUAGAA